GUACGUACCGUUGUCAGUCUCCGUACUGAGAUGACCAGGUGUCCGUUAGAACUUUUGUCGGAUGGUCUACCGUUGUCUGACUAGAUACCAUGUCGGGCACUCUUUUAGUGUGUCCCAAGACCGCGUCCGAGGCUUCUAGCCUAUGUGUUGUCUUCUUUUGAUGUCGGGGGAACACGUAUUCCAAUACUUGGCCCAAUAGUACCAUCAAAGUUUUCGGACGAUUUUUUCGAAAUGACAUUUUACUUGGAUUUUGAAGACUACAGAUCAUGGAUUCUUCCUGAGGCUAUUCUCCAUUGAUGAUGAAGUCUAUACUGUGCAGAUUUUUUCAUAGGGUAUUUUCAUAAUUUUUGGGCAAUUUUUUCGAUAAGCCAUUUUCUUUGGAUUUUGAAGGCUACAGAUGACAGAUUCGGCUAUAGGCUAUUUUUCACUGAUGAUUUAGUUCAUUAAGAACCGGUUUGGGCAGAUUUUUUCCACAUUCAUUUUUUGCCGAUUCCAAAGGGGGACCAUCACAGAUUUCAGACGAUUUUUUUGGAAGAACAUUUUACUUGGAUUUUGAAGGUUACAGAUCACAUAUUCUGUCUAAGACUAUUCUCCACCGAUGAUGAAGUAUAUUGAUCGACGAUUUGUGCGAAUUUUUACGGAGGGAUGUUUUCAUAAUUUUUGGGUGAUUUUUUCGAUAGGUCAUUUUCUUUGGAUUUUGAGGGGCUAUAGAUAACGGAUUCUUUCAUAUGCUAUUUUUCACUGAUGAUUAAGCUUAUUAAGCACCGAUUUGGGCGGAUUUUUCCUUGUCAAUUUUUGUCUGAUUUCAAAGGGGUACAAUCACUGAUUUCAAACUUGUUUUGCGAAAGGCCAGUUUCCUUAGAUUUUGAAUGCUACAGAUCAUGAAUUCGGCUUGAGGCUAUUUAUCACCGAUGAUUAAGUCUAUUGAACACCGAUUUGGGCGGAUUUUUUUCUGGUCAUUUUUUGUAGAUUCCAAAGGGAUACUGCCAAUGAUUUCGGCCAAUUUUUUUAAAAGGAUAUUUUUAUUAGAUUUUGAAGGCUACAGACACUACAAGAAACAACAUCUUUGCGACGGAAGGAGUCGUUGCAAAAGGUUCAAAAUUCAGCCUAAAACUUUAAGCUACGAAAAACAGAGUCGCCAUUGAUGUUUUCUUGGCAUCGCAUCUAGAUCACGGAUUCCAAAGAUCGACAAAGAUGGAUCAUAAAAUCAACCCCUCGUUGUGAAAACAAAUAAAUAAACCUAAUAAACUAGACCCAACGGGCAAAACGGAUACAAAUUAAGUUGAUUGGGUUGGGUUAUUUGUGACCCAUUAACCCUAGCCUGGAGCUCAAAUUAGCCACUGAAAUUUUUCUUACUAGUUUAUAAGGAGUCUGUUUCUUUCUUUCAUUUUGUGUUCAUAUAGCUGUUACGUGAUUCCUAGUGUUUCAACCGGCAUUCCAACCAAUGCUAUUACGAGCCAUAGCUUUCUUAAUCCUGUGUGGUGAAGCUGAAAUCACUCUUCACUAUUUUCAGUAAACAUGCAUUUCAAGCUCAACUAUAAAUACUUGACCAAUUUCAGCUUCUCCCAUGGCGGUUGCGAUCAUCUGCCUGGCCAUCUUCGCUCCACAUGCAUCAGCCGACGGCAGCGCGGGUGCUCCGCCGGAUGACGUACAGGACACGGUGGUCCCGGCCACGUCGCCACCGGAAAAACAAGACGCCACGACCGACACCGGCGCUCCUGCAGGCGGGCUGGCGGAUUCGAAGAAGGGCUCGUGGUGGGCCUACAGGCACAUCCACAUCGUGAACGAGCUGAGCGGCGGGCGGGCCGUGACGGUCCACUGCAGGUCCAAGAACAACGAUAUGGGGGUCCACGUCGUCCCGCCCGGGUCCGAGUACCAGUGGCGGUUCAGGCCCAACAUCUUCGGGAUCACGCUCUUCUGGUGCCACGUGGCGAAGGGCAACGUCGAGGUCGUGUUCGAUGCGUAUAACGAGGAAGAGAAAGACCCCUGGGAGAGGAUUCACAUGGACAACACGUACUGGGUCGCCAGGGACGACGCCGUUUAUCUCCGCCAGUUUUGGAAGAACAACAACAUGGUUUUAUGGCGUCGUUGGCCCUGAUUUCCACAUAAUUGUAUCAAAACAAGCACCGCAACACAGCUAAAACUAUUCCAGAAAAAAGGGGGGAUACAGAUAAAAAGUAAAACAACGUGUUUGUAGAAUGAAUCUUAGCUAGCGUU